AUGCGGGGUGUCCAGAUCUUCUCCGGGACUUCCCAUCCCGGUCUCGCAGAGACUAUCUGUGAACGGUUGGGCACUGUGCCCGCUAAAGCUGAUUUGGGGAAAUUCGCCAACGGCGAGACUAGCGUCAACAUUGGCGUCUCGGUGCGCAACCAGGAUGUCUACAUCGUUCAGAGUGGCAGUGAGAAGAUCAAUGACAGUGUGAUGGAGCUUCUGAUUAUGAUUUCGGCAUGCAAAGGUGGCUCGGCCAAGUCGAUCACUGCGGUCAUGCCAUACUUUCCAUAUUCGCGCCAGUCUAAGAAGAAGAGCCACCGCGGAGCGAUCACGGCGCGCAUGCUGGCCAAUCUCCUCUCGAUUGCCGGUGUGGACCAUGUCAUUACCAUGGAUUUGCACGCCUCCCAGAUGCAAGGCUUCUUUGGUAAGCCGGUGGACAACCUCUUCGCCGAGCCGUUCAUUGCACGGUGGAUCAUGAUGAACGUGUCCAGCUGGAAAGAUGCUGUGGUGGUGAGCAAGAAUGCCGGCGGUACCAAGCGAGUCACAUCGCUCGCCGAUACCCUGAAACUCAACUUUGGCAUUGUCACUACCGAUCGGCGUCGCCGCAAGAUUCCGGUCACCAUGUCCGAUAGUACAGUGUUCUUUGAUGCCGUCGAAGACGACACGCGCGUGCCCAAGGACCAGCAGCUCUUCGAGCUUCACCUGCACAGUGCCGAAGCGACACCUCCGAUCCCAGAGGAGCCUGAACCAGACACCGCACCGGCUCUCCUGCGUCCGGAGACUCCUCCCGCUGCCCGUCGUCCGUCAGAGCUGGAGGCUGCUCGCGAGUAUACGGACGUGCGAGUGCAGGAUGUGGUGACGGGGCGUCUAGUGCAAGGCCAGCUGGUCGAUGAUGACUAUGCCGAAGCGGCCGAAUCCCAGUCCGGUGGGACGACCCCGGAGGCAGGCCCGAUCACGGAAAACACCGAAGUGGUCCCGGACGCCAUGUUAAACUCUAUGAUUUCCAACUCCUCUUCAUUGCCGCCGGACCACGCAUUGGGUGGCUCUUUUGACGCAGUCGAGUCUGAUGACGAGGCCAGUGUAGUGGGGCCCGACCACGAGAAGACGAUCACGCUGGUGGGCGAGGUCCGCGGCCGCUCUGUAUUCAUCGUGGACGACAUGAUUGACAAGAGCGGAUCAUGGAUUGCGGCAGCCGAGACGGUGGUCAAGCGCGGCGGGGCUCGCAAGGUCUACUGUAUUGCUACUCACGGGCUUUUCAGUGAGGACUCGCUGGACCAGAUGGAAGCAUGUCCGUCGAUCGACCAUAUCGUUGUGACCAACACAUUCCCGAUCUCGCCGUCGAUGCUCCGACGGUCGAAGAAAUUGAUCGUCAUCGACGUCUCAACUCUACUGGCCGAGAGCAUCCGGCGGCAUCACUAUGGCGAAAGCGUCUCCGCCCUCUUCCACCUUAACGAUUGA